AUGCUAUCAGUAACGAGUAAUCUGACGCAUGUUCAACAAGGUGGCAGCAAAAUAAUCUUGAAAUAUGCUGGAAAGGAUGCAACGCAGGAAUACGAUCCUAUACACCCGCCAGACGCCAUUGAAAAUAACCUUCCUCCCGAAAAACAUUUAGGUCCAGUUGAACCAAACACCGUUGAAAAAGUAGAAGUCCGCAUAACCGAUGAAGAGAUGGCCCGCCAGGAACGCAUGUCAAACAGACCACCUCUAGAUGAGAUAUUAAACCUUCACGAUUUUGAGUCCAUUGCACGACAAGUGAUGCCCGAGAAAGCAUGGGCAUAUUAUUCUUCAGCAGCUGAUGACGAGAUCACACAUAGGGAAAAUCACUCAGCGUAUCACAGAAUCUGGUUCCGACCCCAAAUUCUUGUUGACGUUACGAAGGUUGAUUGGUCGACUAGAAUUUUGGGUCACAAGUCAUCCAUGCCCGUGUACAUAACAGCAACAGCUCUCGGGAAGCUUGGACACCCUGACGGCGAACUCAAUCUUACGCGAGCUGCAGCUCGACAUAAUGUUAUCCAGAUGAUUCCGACCUUAGCGUCUUGCUCUUUUGACGAAAUUGUGGAUGCUGCUCAGCCUGGACAAGUACAAUUUCUGCAAUUAUACGUUAACAAAGAUAGAAAUAUCACCAAACGCCUGGUACAACAUGCUGAGCAGCGGGGUAUAAAAGGUCUGUUUAUUACAGUUGAUGCGCCCCAACUUGGCCGGCGUGAAAAGGACAUGAGGAUGAAAUUCACGGCGGAAGACCCUUCAGAAGUAGUCAAGUCAGGGUCAGACGGCAUUGACAGGUCGCAAGGGGCUGCACGAGCUAUCAGUGAUGCUUUGAAGGCAUACGACUUGGGCCUUGCUGGGGUUGUUUUAUCGAACCACGGGGGCCGACAAUUAGAUUUUGCACGCUCUGGCGUUGAGGUACUCGUUGAAGUUGUCACAAAUUUGAAACAAAAGCGUGGCCUUUCUUUCCCAAAUGACAAAUUUCAACUGUUCGUGGACGGAGGUGUACGACGUGCUACCGAUGUUAUCAAAGCCAUUGCUCUGGGUGCAACAGCAGUGGGGAUUGGGCGGCCUUUCAUCUAUGCUUUCUCCUCUUACGGAGAACAAGGUGUCGAUAAAGCGUUGAAGAUUUUACAAGAUGAAUUUGAAAUGAACAUGCGUUUAAUUGGAGCUAAAUCCAUCCAAGAUAUCACCCCAGACAUGGUCGAUGCUACAAAUAUCAGUUCACAUAUCGCGUCAACACCCACAGACAGGCUUUACGAUAGUAACUAUGAAAGCAUGCAACACGCCAAAUUGCGGGAAAUCAAAUCAAAGAUGUAA